AUGUCUCUUGAUUGGGAGCGAUGUAAAACCAUUCUAAAACGAAAUAACGAUUCACUCUUAGACAUUAUUCAACAUCAAGAUUACCUAAAAGCUUUUUUUACUCGCUUAUUAAGGAUUUUGAAAGAAACGGAAACAGCUAAUGCAUGUGCUGAAUUGUAUCCAGAAGCUGGUCCCCUAUUAACUUUAGCCUCAACACAUUCAUAUAUUGGCUAUAAUCCUUUAUUAGCUUCUUUGGUCAUUGCUUGUUUGAUUGAAUAUAGCAAAUUAGAUCCUGAUACUCUUCAAGAUAAAACAUUUCUUUCAAGAGAUGAUUCAAAAUAUAGAUCUAUCAUUUGGUGCAUCAUUCGUUUACGACGUUUUAUUCAUACUGCUCAAGAUGACUUGAACACCUACGACUUAAUCAAACAAAUCACUCAUAGAAUCUCUGAUAAAAAAUUAAGUAGUCAUACAAUUACACGAUUGACGGAUAUGAGCUUAGCUCUUGUUCACGAAAAAGAAGCAUGGCCACUCAUUGAAAAACUUGUUUACUAUGCUGUAGAUCAUAUUCCAUUUAAUAUCACUGAUCCUGUUCAUUUUAAUAAACCUGAGCCUAUUUUAUCUAUUCUAUUUAUAGACUCUCUAACGAAUCCAGAUAGCAUUUUACGAACUCUCUACCUGCAGUGGCCUCAUGAUUUAAAAAUCAAAUUAUAUAUGAAUUAUGAACAAGUACUGGAAAUGGAAGUCUUGAAUCUUAUUGAAAGAUAUCUUCGUCUUCAAACAGAUUGCUAUGAACCUUUAGAUCAUCUUUAUAGAACUAUGUUGGAGAAUGAAGAUAUUAUUCAAGUUUUAACAUCUUAUCCUACCUUGAUCCAUCUCUUUUUUGACACAUUUUUAAUGUACUUGGCUCAAUUUCGUGAUUGGCGUAUUGUACGAAUAGGACAAUGUUGUAUACUCUGUCUAUUAUUUGAACAAAGAGAAUCUACUGAUUACAAUAACUUGGUAAGGUUAUUGGCAUGUAAAGAGUGGCGAAAUGAUGCAUAUAGCGAUAUCACAGAUUAUAUCUAUGCAGGAUCAAAGGAAACCAUGUUAUUACGACGGGAUAUGGCAUGGUGUCUUUCAUUAACUUCAUUCCCAUUUCUUUAUCGUUGUAUAUUUGAAUUAGUUGAAUGGAAUCGACAAAAGAGUGAGCGAUGGACAUCCAAGAUGGAGAAUGAACUCAUUUAUAUCAACUGGGUUAUUUAUCCAAGUAUGGAUGUACGUCAAUCACAAUCACUUUCUGACUUGAGGAGCUGGAUUCAAUUUAGUCUUGAUUUAUAUCAUGAUUUACCUAAAAUAUGGAGAACUUUAUUAAACAGUAAUGGAUCCAUUCUUGCUUGUUUCAUGAUAGCUUUACUCGACUUUUAUAGUGAUAUAGAAGAGCAUACAGCAUUGUAUUUUUUGAUGAUAACGCAAAUGAAAUUGGGCUUAUUUAUGUCUUUUUAG